AAGCUUCGCUGUAUACAAAACAAGGAGACCAAAUCUUUGAGCUCGCUCACCAACAAUUCCCGCGUGCUGCAAAGAGUCGUCCGAAAAAACCCCAACAAACUCAAAGAUUUGUUGCAACGUGUUGCAAGUAGCAAACCAGGAUGCCGGAGACGGAUCGUUUCGAUUGCCAAAUGUGCGAUCUCGCCAACAACGCCGAUGACAUGGUACAAUGCGAAGGAUGCGGCAAAUGGUCGCACUUCGGAUGUGCUGGUUUCGAUGAAGGGCGAAAGGACGAACAUUGGAUGUGCCAUAAAUGCGUCGUCGAAUCUGCUAACAGCGUCGUCGGUGUUGAUUCGAAUGUUUCGGUUGGCCUCGAACCUGCACACGGGCAAACUAACGCGAACGGAUCCGACGAAGGAGCAAAGCCGAUUGGGGAACUCGCCCAGCUUAACCUCAAACUGUUGGAAGAGCGGAAGGCAUUCCUGCUAAGGGAAAUUGAGCUGCAACAGACGAACCAGUUGGAACAACGUAAGCUGCAGUUGGAGAAAGAGAUGUGGAAAGCGCGGUACGACAUCAUCAAUGCGAGGUGUGGAGCAACCAACAGGGAUGUGAUGGCUGGUAGUCUUGGAGAUUGGUUACAUCGCUUGGAUCAGGUCGCCGUCAGCCAGAAUGAGCUAACUUCUGCGCCGGCGAGAACGGUGACGGUCUCAGCAACGUCUUCCAGAACCAGACCGCAGCAUUCCGCUGCUGGAAAUACAAAAAAUAUUCCACAAACAACACCAUCGUCACCUGCGGUCACGUCAUUGUUCGGAGGUACAUCUGUUCUCCCUUCUUGGAUAAUCUCUCCUACGAUGUCGAUGCAAUCAAACUCGCAACUAAGCCAACCGACAACGAGUGGGUAUGCAAGUGGGCAAGGUAGCCUCUCCCACGAUUUUCAACCUGGCAGAGGAGCAAACGGACCGGGGGCGUCGACGCCAGUCAGCACGAUCAAUUGGGUCAAUCCAGUGACAGGCUUUACCAGUUCCACCCAGUGCCUGCCACCAUACAUCAGCUCAGUGGGACAGAUUGGAAGUCAUCCAAUGCAACCGUGGCACGUGAGUCAGCCAUAUCAGGUACCGAAUAGUUUACACAAUUUCGCACCAGUAGGUCAGGUAGCCUCUUCGCAGUAUGCUUACGGUAGCGUAGGAACACUGAAUCCUGUAGCCAGUUCAAUAAAUGCAUAUCCCUCUUACAUCCCCUAUUCCUUUCCAUCGAUGCUUCCGCAACCUAAUCCAUACCUCCCGCAAAUCCCUCUGGGUGGGCAAAUGGGACCUCUUGGUGGACAAAUGGGACCAGCUGCGAUUAUCGACGAGCUAGCCCCUACACCUCGUCAAAUCGCAGCGCGACAUGUUAUGCCGAAGGAUUUACCGUUGUUCAGUGGCAAUUCCGAAGAGUGGCCCAUGUUCUUCAGUGCUUUUAACACCUCCACGGAAGCAUGCGGCUACAGUAACGUUGAAAACCUUGGUCGUCUCCAACAGUGCCUGAAGGGUGCCGCAUUGGAGGCAGUUCGUAGUCGUUUAUUAUUACCUACAUCAGUGCCACAAGUGAUACAUACGCUGCAGAUGCUGUACGGGCGGCCAGAACAAAUAAUAUACGCGCUGCUCCAGAAGAUCCGCGAUGUUCCAGCACCAAAAGCGGAUAAUUUGUGCACGAUCGCGGCUUUCGGCAUGGCGGUACAGAACUUCAGCGAACAUUUGGAGGCGGCGGGACAAGUGCAACAUCUAUCUAACCCGGUGCUGCUCCAAGAACUUGUGGAUAAGCUGCCAGCAAAUUUGAAGCUUGACUGGGUGGCGUUCAAACGACAAUUCGCGGAGGUCGACCUCCGUGUAUUCGGUCGGUACAUGGCAAAUCUGGUCUCGGCAGCAGCUGAAGUCACUCUUACGUUGGAUCCGAGGGGAAGUAAGCAGAAGAGAGAGGAGAAGCUGAAAGGUUUUGUGAAUGCUCAUGCUGCUACAUCAGACGCAACAGCUGACGAGGCCCCGAAGGUGGAAUCACCAAAAGCAGCUUCGCAAAUUAGCUGUUUGGUCUGCGGGAAUCCAGACCAUCGAGUGAAGGAUUGUGACGUCUUCAAAAAGAUGGACCGGGAUGACCGCUGGCAAGUGGUGCAUAAUUAUUAUUUGUGUCGUAUCUGCCUCGGGAAGCACGGAAGAAAACCCUGCCGGUCCUCAUCGCGCUGUGAAGUUCUAGGUUGUCAAAUGCGACACCAUCCGCUUCUGCACGGCGAUUCGGGCAGUUCGUCGACCAAUCCAUCUCAUCCAAUACCUCAAAGAGGCGGAGCAGGCCAGCGAAGUGAUGCAACGGAAGGUGUGAAUGCUCACAACGUCCAGAGCUCGACACUGUUUCGCAUGUUGCCGGUGCGACUCUUCAACAAAGGACGGUGUAUUGAGACGCUAGCUUUCAUCGACGAAGGAUCGUCCGUCACACUCCUCGAAAAGGGAAUAGCCGACGUACUACAGGUUGAAGGCACGGAAAAGCGUCUUUGCCUAACCUGGACAAGUAACGUUAGCCGUGAGGAAGAAGGCUCCCGUCAGGUAGAGGUGGAGAUUUCGGGUAUCAGUGGAGGCAAGCGAUAUCCACUAAAAGACGUCAGGACGGUCGAGUCCCUUGCACUACCUGCGCAGACGCUGUGCUAUAAAGAGCUUGCCGAGCGUUUCCCUCAUCUGCGGAAGCUACCGGUCGUAGACUUCGAAUCCAAAGCUUCAGGAAUUCUCAUUGGAGCCAAGAAUACUCACCUCACCGCCACCCAACAAAUACGCGAAGGUUGCGUGGGAGAGCCGGUGGCAGCAAAAACUCGUCUCGGAUGGGCGAUCUACGGCUCAAUGCCAAACGGGACGAACGUUGCGAGUUGCAACUUGCACAUCUGUGGUUGUGAUGUAGACAGGAGCCUGCACGAGCUAGUGAAGCAAUACUUCACGGUCGAGAACGUGGGCGUCUCGGUGAAUCAGAGUCCCGAAUCGAACGACGACAAGCGAGCGAGGGCAAUACUCGAGCAGACGACUAGAAGAGUCGAAAACGGCUUCGAGACUGGAUUACUGUGGCGCUACGAUUAUGUAGAAUUUCCCAAUAAUUACGCUAUGGCUGUCCGACGGCUACGAUGCUUGGAACGCCGUUUCAACGCGGAUUCAUCCUUGUUUGAUAAAGUCCAGCGGCAGAUAGCGCAAUACCAGCAAAAGGGCUACAUUCACGAAGCUACGGAGGAGGAACUAGCCGAAGCGGAUCAAAGGAGACUGUGGUAUCUGCCGGUUGGAAUAGUUCGAAACCCCAAGAAGCCCAACAAGAUUCGCAUCGUGUGGGAUGCCGCAGCAACAGUGAACGGCAUAUCCCUGAAUAGCAUGCUACUAAAAGGACCGGAUCUAGUCCAACCUCUCCCAGAUAUUCUCUGUGGAUUCCGUGAGCGGAAGAUUGCAGUCGUGGGAGAUAUCAUGGAAAUGUUCCAUCAGUUGAAGAUACGGCAAGCAGAUCGUUACAGUCAGUUGUUCGUCUGGCCCGGUGAAACCGGGCGUCCUUCGAAAACCUUCGUGAUCGACGUAGCAACCUUCGGCUCAACUAGCUCACCAUGCUCGGCGCAGUUCGUAAAAAAUUUGAAUGCAGCCGAGCAAGCAGAACAAUAUCCGAGGGCCGCGGAGGCGAUUGUGCGCCGGCAUUAUGUCGACGAUUACCUGCAUAGUUUCGACAGUGAGGAAGAAGCAUGUCAAGUUGUAGAGGAGGUCAAGUUGGUGCAUAAACGAGGCGGAUUCACAAUUCGCAACUGGCUUUCGAAUUCAGGCGCAGUACUCCGCCAGAUUGGGGAUACCGAAGCGAGAGCAACGAAGAUCGUCGGUGAAGGCGGUCCCGAAGCAGAACGCGUGCUAGGCAUGCAAUGGAGAGCAACCGAGGAUGUCUUCGUGUUCUCCAGCGAUACCGACUUGGGAGCCGUCACCCCUACAAAGCGAGGCAUCUUACGGUGCGUUAUGAGUCAGUUUGAUCCGUUGGGGCUUCUUUCCCAUUUCCUCAUCCAUGGCCGCGUUAUCAUUCAGGAUAUAUGGCGCACAAAAGCUGGUUGGGACGACGUGGUAGGCAAGCCAAUCCUUGAACGAUGGCAUUUGUGGGUAGCCAAAUUCAACGACCUGAAAGCUGUUCGUAUACCUCGUGCCUAUUUUCCGGGCGUAACGACAUCAGAAAUCGAGGAAUUGCACUUGCAUAUAUUUGUCGACGGCAGCGAGACUGCCUAUGCUUGUGUCGCCUACUUGAGGGCCACCAUCCAUGGAAAGUUCCAGUGUGCACUUGUCGGAGGAAAAGCGAAAGUAGCACCUUUGAAAACGUUAUCCAUCCCGAGGCUGGAGCUGCAGGCGGCGUUAAUAGGCUGUAGGUUGAUGAAAACGUUAUGCAGCAGUCACAGUCUCCCAAUAUCGCGACGAGUGAUUUGGACCGAUUCAAAAACCGUCCUUUCGUGGAUCCAUUCUGAUCAUCGUCGCUAUCGACAGUUUGUCGCCUGCCGGAUAGGAGAAAUCCUCUCCAAGACAAACAUUGAGGAGUGGCGGUACGUUCCAUCGAAAAUCAACAUCGCGGAUGAUGGAACCAAGUGGGCUAGUGGACCAAACCUGAAACCCGACAGCCGUUGGUUCAAAGGCCCGGAGUUUCUAUGGGCACCAGAGGAGGCUUGGCCACAACAAGUAAAACCAGAGGAAACCGAAACCGAAGCUCGACCAUGUCACAUCCAUAUAGCAGUGCAACAUGACGAAAUCAUUAACUGGGAACGCUUUUCGAAGUUCGAGAGGCUCCAAAGAACAGUUGCAUACAUCCACCGCUUCACAGACAACUGUAGACGCAAGGCGGCAAAACAACCACUGCAAUCCUCGCACAUUACCCAGGAAGAAAUCUAUAGAGCUGAAAAUACCCUAUGGCGAUCGGCGCAGCUAGCUGAGUUUCCGGAAGAGAUGGUUCGACUCCAGAUGACAAAAGAUGGAGGAAAAUCGAAACUCAACCAAGGUAGCCGUCUUUACAAGCUAUCACCGUUCAUCGACGAAUGGGGAGUAGCGCGAAUGGACACUCGAAUCGCUGGGGCAAUCUUCGUUCCGCACGAUACUAGAUUCCCAAUCAUCCUCCCGAAGGGUCAUCGCCUCACCAACCUGGUCGUAGAGUGGUAUCACCGACAUUAUCUGCAUGCGAACAAUGAAACCGUUAUCAACGAGGUCCGCCAGCGAUUUCACGUACCCUGUCUCCGAGCACUAGUCAGGAAACUCUCCAGAACCUGUAUGCAGUGCAGAGUGUCAAAGGCAAAACCGCUGUGCCCACGUGAAGCACCACUUCCUGAUGCGAGACUCAGUCCAUAUACUCGACCGUUCAGCUAUGUUGGACUGGACUACUUCGGUCCCAUUCAAGUCAAGGUCGGACGUUCUCUGGCCAAACGAUGGGUGGCGCUGUUUACGUGCCUCACCAUUCGGGCCGUCCAUCUGGAGGUGGUACACUCCCUUUCCACUGAUGCCUGUAAGAUGGCGAUACGACGAUUCGUAGUGCGGCGUGGAUCACCCUUGGAGAUUAGAAGUGAUAACGGCACCAACUUCCUCGGAGCCAACCGCGAGCUACAGCAUCAGAUCCUGGAUAUGAACCAACAGCUAUCCGCCGUGUUCACCAACGCUGCCACCAAGUGGGUAUUCAAUCCUCCGUCCGCUCCCCACAUGGGUGGUUCGUGGGAGAGGCUCGUCCGGUCGAUCAAGAUCGCCUUUUCGUCCCUGAAUAGCAGCAGAAACCCAGACGACGAAACUCUUCUCACAUUGAUGACCGAAGCGGAAGGGAUAGUCAACUCUAGACCUCUGACAUUUGUAUCACUGGAAGCGGAAUCGCAAGAAGCUCUCACGCCAAAUCAUUUUCUGCUGCUGAGCUCGCAGGGAGUUACUCAACCUCCGAAGCCUAUAUCUGGAUGUUCUGAAUCUGUUCGGACCAACUGGAGACUGACCACUAACCUCGUGGACCAAUUUUGGAGCCGCUGGGUGCGAGAGUAUCUCCCGACCAUUGCUGGUCGUACCAAAUGGUACGGAGAGGUGAAAGAACCGAAAGUUGGAGACCUAGCUGUCGUCGUGGAUCCGUCUGUCCGAAACGGAUGGCUGCGAGGACGUAUUGUUUCCGUAAUAAAGGGGAGAGAUGGGCGAAGCAGACAAGUUCAAGUGAAGACGUCAGGAGGAGUGAUGCGACGACCAGUGACUCGGGUUGCCAUCUUGAACAUCAAGGCCUCGGAAAACACUGAAGCAGGAAGUAACGCAGUACCACCGGACUCGAUGGACGUGCAUUACGGGUAG